AUGUUAAGUCGACUAGUAUCCACACGACUAUGGUUGAGGUCGAGUGUAACCCUGCCAAGGGCUGCUCAGGUCCUUCUUGCUCGGCGGCGAUUUGCUACCAGUAUCCCUGAGACAGUGCAAGGUCUGCAGAGCGCCCUAGAGGCUAAGGCUGGCGACAUCACGGUGGUGGCGUCAAGCCCGAACAUGCUGAAAGUCCGCAGCAAGGAGCUCAAUCCGUCCAUUGGCGAGCUAGUGUCUCUGUCAGAAGACGCGAAAGGAGUUGUGGUCCAUUUCGAUUCUUCGAUCGCUACAGUACUUCUGCUGAAACACGAUGCUCCAGUCGUUACUGGGACGCGUACCGGACUUGGCAUCGUCGAUGCUCUUUCCCCCACAGCAGAAGGGCAAUCAAUAGCCAUAAGAGGACCAUCUACGGCUACCAGUAUGUAUAUGGCCUCCGCCCUCAACAAGAUAGUUUCCAAUGCUCUAAACGAAGGUAUAUCUGUAGUGUACUGCAACCCUCUUGGACCAGCUCCAGGAGCUAUAACACAUAAGCAGGGCAUUGAGGGUCUUGACCUCAUAUGUGGAGAUCAGUCGAGUCCAUCUGUGGGAUACCUCGCCUUGCUCAAGUCGUUAGAGGUGGCUAAGGAGCGACGCGAAGGAGGACGAACUAUGCUUAUACUCGACAAUGUUGCUGAGUACGGUGCAUUGAACGGUCAGUUGCGGUCAGAAGCCGGAGUGCCAAUGCCUCUAUCGACCGACCAGAUAGUGUCUGCAGCUAUGCAGUAUUCCUGUAACACUGAGAUCAAACUCUGUCCGCUCACAACGGUUGUUUUCACGGAUGAAUACAUUCGAGACGUGGAGAUGCAGGCGGAUACUCUAUUCCAAUAUAACGUUGCCGCCGCAGCGUUCGAUGCUACGGGGCUCUGCCACAACUCCCUCCUCUACUCAUUGUUACCACCUCUCGAGGCUAAGUGUGUAAAGGACCUUCGAGACAUGCACGCCAGGACAACAAUGAAGCGUUCCACUAUUGCUGAACAGCAGGCAUUUGGUAUCCAUGUGGAUUACUGGGAAGAAGAGGAUAUGCAGCAUUGGUCCAAUGCACUAGCAAUCCUCGAUGCGAUACCACUCUCGUUGCCCCCUGCUAAACGCAUACUGGUCUUGCGAAGCGUCUUGGUGUAUUAUUUUGUGGGUAAGCGUAAUCUCGAAGAAGCCAGUAUCAAUGCUUUCAUCGACGAGUUGACACAAUGUAUUGCCACUAAGGAACCAAAAGUCAUGGAUGCUAUAAACGCGGUAUUGGCAGAAUCCGACUGUUCUCCAGAGCUCGUUGAGGAUCUAUGUUAUCGACUAGAUUGGGUUUUGGCGAAGUACCGUUAUCAUUUCGAGCUGGCAACGCCCAAGGAAGUCUGAAACCUUGUGUGUGUUGCAAUGUCAAGUUUCUAUCACUA